ACUCGCGCACACAUUCUAGUCAUAUGCCUUAUAAGGGACAGAGCCGCAUCAGCACCGAGCCUCACCGGAGUGGGUAGUGACUUGAAAAGAGAAACAAACCCACGUACAAGAGACACAGACUGGAGGUUUAUUUCUACUGUAAAGCCAGGAGCCAGGCGCUCCUUCAAAUGCCACAGCAACAGGGCAGCAGCAUGUCUGAAACUAAAUCCAAUCAGCGGUUCCACAGCCUGAACGCUGAGCAGGUGGAGGUUCUCCAUCAGGUUUUGUCAGAGGUGGUUCCAAUCCACGGCCGUGGGAACUUUCCCACAUUGGAGCUGCGUCCUCGAGACAUCAUCAUGGCUGUGCGGGCCAGGCUGCAGAAGCAGGGAAUCAAAGUGAGAGAUGUUCGUCUGAACGGCUCCACAGCCAGCCACGUCCUCGUCCAAGACAAUGGAACGAGCUACAAGGACCUGGACGUCAUCUUUGGGGUGGAGUUGCCCAGUCAGGAGGAUUUCCAGGUGAUCAAGGAGUCAGUGCUGGGCUGCUUGCUAGACUGCCUACCUGCUGGGGUCAACAGGGAGCGGAUCAGCAGUGCUACAAUGAAGGAGGCCUAUGUCCAGAAAAUGGUCAAGGUCUUCAAUGAGCACGACCGCUGGAGCCUCAUCUCACUCUCAAAUAACAGUGGCAAAAACCUGGAACUCAAAUUUGUAAGCACGCUGAGGCGGCAGUUUGAGUUCAGUGUUGACUCCUUCCAGAUAAUUCUGGAUCGUCUCCUGGAGUCCUACAUGCAGCAGGAGUCGCAGCACAAAAAUGAAACUGUUGAUCUUCAAGACCAGCCUGCAGAGAAUCAGAAUAAAGACUCUCCCUCUCUGCUCAAACAGGCCACAGCUCCGGAAACAGAGAAGUCCUCUGGUACAGAUGUAUCCAGUAAAGCUGGGGCUCAGAUCAGCCAGACACAACAGAAAGAUGAGGUGCAUGAAAAGGAGUCCCAGACAGAACUCUCAAACCUGACAAAAGACUCCAAAGUGGAAAUAGACAACAAAGAGAAAACACCUGUGGAGCUGAAAGAAGCGUCAGAACACAAAGAAACCUUCAAUGACACAGACUUCUCUGACCAGACUUCUCCAAACCUUUUGUUAGAAAAGAAAGAAACCUCUGAGAAAGCUGAACCACCAACUCAGAUUGAACUCAGACACGAGCCAGAGCUCUCAGACAAGACCAAAUGCUUGACAACGGUAGAACAGUCAGAGCAAACCCAGCCCUGUGAUGACCAACAACCAGCACAUUCAAAUCACAAGGAACUCUCUGUCCAGAAAGAACAAUCCAACCACACAAACCCCCCUGAUGAACUGAAAGAACCCACAGAGCAGAUGGGACAGUCCGAGCCACCAGAAAGCUCAAACAAAACCCAGGCAGAGUAUCUAAACCUGGAAGAAGAAUGUCCCAUUGCAGACUUCUCUGAGUGUUUCAGUGAGGAUCAGAGUAGCGAUGAGGAAGAUGAAACACAACAUGUGACUGCUCCUGACUCGAGCACAUCUUCAAAUGCAAAGAUAGAGACACAGUUAGCAGAUGAAAGAAACAUAGAAACAGAUAUAGGUGAGCAAGCAGAAGAAAAAAAUGAGUCGGAGAUAAGUGAAAUGACAGAAGAGAUUUUAGCAUCAGAAGCAAAAAAUGUAGACGACACACAGGGUAACGAUUGUUCCUGCUCCACCUCCUGCAUAUCUCUUACACGUCACAACACAGAGCCUGCUGCAACAGAAGAUACACCAGAGGUUCACAGCACACUACACACAGAUAACUCAGAUAAAACAGCUAACACACUUGAUGCCGUCAGCCCCCCAGAUACUCAGGAUAUUUUACCUGCACCACCCAGCCUUGUUUCUGAUAAAAAGAACUCCUCUUCUCCCUCCUGUAAGACCUCAGAGAGACUGUCUCACAUGGUGGUGCUCAAACACUCCUCUCCCAAACCCCCUCGGAGGAUGUGUAGGAAGGUAACCCCCAAUCCUUACCCCAAUGAAGUCUCUGAAAGCGAACCUGUCAUAGAGUCCUGUCUAGAUCCAAACUCCUGCCCUAGUCCUGAACCUGAGAUAGCUUUUGACCCAAAGCCAACAGCUCCCAGUUCAGACCCUACGAGUACCACAACAACCAGUAUCUCUACUAAAACAAUCCCUGAGCCUGAACCCAACCCUCCCAGUAACCUAGCGUCAAACCUAGACCUUACCUCAGCACCGGAUCCAGCCCCUGAUAUAAUCUCCACCUCUGCUGUGGAUCCCAUGGCUGCUUUACCUCAAGAGCCCUCAUCCUGUCAGCUAACCACGGAGAGUUCAUGUGAGACAAGUAUUCAGAGCAAAAUAGAGACACCAUUUACACAUGGGACUUGUGAUGAGCAAAGCCAGCCUUCCUCGAGUGAAACUGUCCCUACACCCAAACAAUCAGAGUCUCUUGACUCAGUGGACACAGUAGUUUCAGACACCGAUACGUCCAGCCCAAAUACCCAAGAACCUGUACAUACCUCAGAAGUUGAGCUCAGUGAUGAAGAUGAAAACGUAGAACUAUGGACCAAAAAGAUGAACUUGAAUCAGCCAAACAGCAGCCCACAAGAGACCACACUUAGUUCACCCUCCGCUGCCCACUGUGUCACCCCUCCUGUUUCCUGUCUCACCCCUUCUGUACUCAGUAUUUCCCCUCCCUGCUUCACUCCCUCUCCCCCCAGCUUCAGCCCUCCCCUAUGCCUGACCCCUCCCUCUCACUGCCUCUUGUCUCCGCUGCUGAACAUCGUCAGCCCUGAGACCAGUUUUAGCUCUCCACCCCUGAGUUUCAGCCCUACUUCAUCCUGCCUCAGCUCACCUCCUUACCUCACCCCUCCCAUGUUUAGCCUAAGCCCUACUCCACUCUGUCUUAGCCCCCCUUCCCCCUGCCUCAGCCCUCCCCUCCUUUGCCUCACUCCGCCGGUGGAGUCAGAGGACCUUGUACCUCAGAUAUCUUCAGACAUGGAGCCUUUGAUACUGAACACAGACAGCAAGGAGAUUAAAGAGUCCUCCCCUCAGCCAGGAAUUCCUCUCCUACAGUUGGAGGAUAAAAAGGAACAAGAUUAUAUCUCAUCGUUGCCUGGGGUUGCAGAGCCUGUCUCUUUUCCAAUCACAAUCCCGAGCACCACCUCGCAUGUGCUGCCUCACUCUGAGCCUGAAGGCCCAGUGGAAUUGCCCUCUCCAGAAGCCAAUGAGGCAUCCAGGCCUUUGCCUGAGAACAAAGAGGCCCCUAAGGUAACCGCAGUCAUGCCUGAACAAUGCAACGCUCCUCAGGCAUCUGUCUUGGUCCCUGCUGUCGAAGUCCUGGCAGAGAGCAUGUACGGUGACUUUGAGGCAGCCAUGUACCACCUGCGCUACCGCCUAAUCGCUACUAGGAACCCUGAGGAGAUUCGAGGCGGUGGGUUGCUGAAAUACAGCAACCUGUUAGUCAGGGACUACCGCCCGGCCAGCGAGACUCAGAUAAAGACACUGGAGCGCUACAUGUGCUCACGCUUUUUCAUCGAUUUUCCUGACGUGCAGGAGCAGCAGAGGAAGAUCCUGUCUUACUUGAAGAACCACUUUAUCGGCGAAGAGAGAAGCAAGUACCAGUACCUGAUGACUCUGCGUCGUGUGGUCGACGACAGCACAGUGUGUCUGAUGGGGCAUGAGAGGCGUCAGACGCUGAACAUGAUCACAGUGCUGGCACUGAAGGUUCUAGGAGAGCAGAACAUUAUCCCCAACACAGACCAUGUGACAUGCUUCUACCAGCCUGCCCCAUACCUUGCUGAUCACAGUACCCCGUAUUUAGCAGAACCCAGCUACUGCAGCUAUUACAUACCCCAAGGGGGGUCAACUCUGCUUUACCAACCUUACCCCUUACACCUGCACACACAGACUGGACUAGUCUAAAACACACACACAAACACACACGUCAUUACACAAAACACACAAUCGUGCAAGGAGAAGGUGCUUUUCAUGAGCUGGAGAAUGGAAAUAUAAUCCAGGGAUAAACUGUUUGGUCUAUAAUAGACCUAUGGGGGUGGGAUUGAGUGGGUUUUUACAGUAAACUCCCUGUGUAUUCUGUAAGAUUCUAAUAUAAUUAUAUGUAAUUAUGUGGGGUUUGUGGGAAAAUAAUAAUUCUUCCGAUAUUGUUGAAAUUCCAGAAAAUGCUUUAUGCACUGCAUGAGUCAUAGUCCUUUGGUAUCUCGGGAAACCAACUGUGCUGUUGAUAUUCACACAUAUGCACGGACACAAACACACACAUACACACACACAACUUACACUUCCAGGUUCUUGAAUUCUUGUCAUUCAUGUUCUUACUGUGUUGUUCUUAAUGGGUUUGUUCAGAGUGUGGACUUUGCCUGUGGUUGAUAUUGUGCAUGGAUAAAUUAGGACUGUUCUCUCACUGCCAAAUACUGUGUGACUACUAUGCUUCUUAAACAGUUUAAUGUAUCUUUGUUAAUCCUUUACUGAAGGGGUGUAUUCUGAAAAAAAUACUUAUAGGGACAGGUCUACCCGUGUGUACAGUACUUUAAUCAGAACACACACAUGCAUGCACAACACAUACACACAAAUACACACACAUACGUACACAGAAACAAGCAUAAUGUAUACUGUAUGCACACAAAGUUAGUUAGUGCAUGAGUAGAUUAAUAUAUACAGUAGACCACAUCUUAAAGUCAAAGCAAAGGCUUUUAAUUUAAUAAAAAUUGAUCUAUUUUUGCAAAACAUUUCCAAGAUAAUACUCAGUGGUAAACAGACUGGUUAGUUCCUACAGAAAAAUGCCAACAACAAUGCCUUUGCAAUAGACUGUACAGCGUAUUGAUUACAGUAUAUUGUGUGCGGAUACACUGCAUUGUUUUCAGGUAUAUUGUGUUAAGAUGUAGUACUUGAUUCCUUUCCCUUGUGGAGUCCUUUCUGUAAUCACGUGAAGUACUGUACCAUCUAGUGUUGAUUUAUUUAAUGCUAAAGUUUACUUUAUGAAGGUGGUCAGGUUAUAACCAUCUUUGGGUCAUCUCUAAACAUGGCAGAUUCAGAUCUGUCUAAACUGAAGGAGUUGCAUGUUAAACUCAUGUGACUCCUCUCAGCAUGAAAUAGCAUCCUUGUUUAAGUCACGCAGUCAGAAUCAACAUGAAACAAGUUCAAAUCCUUCUCAAACCUGUUUGAAUCUAAGUUCAAAGCCGCACAACAACAAUUAUGACCAAAGAUGGUUCAGUAGGGAAAUCAAGUGCCUAAAUGUGAGACAUCAUUGGCAUGUCUUUAUCUCACUGCACUGGGGGUGUUAUUGGGGUGGGCCUGAGGCUGGGUUGGGUAUGUGUUCAGUUGUUGCCCCCGGUUAUUGCUGCCCAUUUUGAUGUCUUCUUUAAUGUAGUCCUUUGUUGUAGUUUAUUCAUGUACAUUUUGAUAAAAUAAAGGUGAAACUCAAAAAACCUU